UAUAAAUAGGGCCGUGUUCAAUUCAACAACGCUGCACAUCAAUAACAUGAUUGAGAAACAUUGUCUGAUACUGGCGUUUGUUUGGACGUUGUUUCAAUUGUCCUACGUCAUGAGCAAAGAAAUAUCUCCGGCUAAAAGAGAUGAAUUAAACAUGAAGAUCAAGCAAUACAGUGGACUCUAUAGCCUUUACAAGACUUCUGAAUGCAUUGCAUUAUUGACAGUCAAAGAACCGGAAAUCAAAUUGACUGUGAAGGAUUUUAACGAUGUUAUACGCGACAGCAAGUAUCAGAUAUUUGCGAACACUACCGUGGAUUUCCUGAGCGAACUGAAAGGCGAAUCGACUUGGAUGAAUGUAGACGAAGUAUCUUACCUGUCUCAUGACUAUAUCGGUUACUUGAAACUAGUUGAAGAGUUACAUAAUAGUACUGUAUCCGAAAAUAUUGGGAAGAAAAUGGGGAACAAGAAAGUUAAAGUUAACCUACCUGCAGUGUUUGACCACUUGGUAAAAACUCUUCGCGAUGCAUGGACUGCUAGAAAGGAUCUGUACAAGACAGCAGCUGUGUACUACAAAACCGACAAUAUGCCUGAGAAUGACUUCAUCCCAUAUGGAAAUGUAAACAUUACCGUAGAAGAGUGGGGAGAAAUUAUUGAAAGGGAAUUUAUCAAAUCAAGAGAGAAAGUUGAGCAGGAAUGUUUGCAAAUAUCAGGAAUGCAACCCAAUAUAACUGCAAUGUCUGAAUUCCAUGCUGCUGUUGUUGAACUGACUUCUGAAGUGGAAAAGCUUGAGAAGGAAAGAAUUCAGCGGUUUCAGACACUGACUCCAUUGGAUAUAAUGAAUACAGCUCUCAAUGCGAUGGAACGAGAGCUUGUUCACGAAUUCGGUGAGCAAUAUUUAUGAAACACAGUGGACAUGGAGUGUUCACAAACUCAGAAAAUUUGAUUCUUUUCUGCUGGUGGUGGUGGUGGUGUGUUAUUAAUUAAUUAAUUAUUAAUUCAUAGUAAUAAACAUUUUUUUUCUUUUGUUAAAUAAAUCCUGCUUGCAACCA